AUGAAGAUGAAGGGCGAGUACAAUCCGCCACAAGCGCAUAUGCUGGCGGCCAGUCGAAUGUUCAGAGGCUUAGGCCUCGAACCAGGUAAGAUCAAGUCACCUAUGUCUUUCGUUUUGAUGAUGCGGGAGUUGGAGUGCGUCAAGUUCAAGAUUACACCCGCUGUACUGAUGACAGUGUUUAGUGUACGUCUCGGCUCCAGAGGAUUGACGAUCAUGCACUUCAAGGAGGCAAGUGAGAUGUCGUGUCUGGAAGAUGGCUCAACGAACGUGAACUUCUCCAGCGAUUUCAGUCCGUCGGUGUCACUGCCGGGCUCAGCGAUCUAG